UCAAGGGGAACUUAAAACAGUCUCAGUGCUUCGGCUGUGUCGCGUCAACCAAUGAAGUCAAAGAGCAACGCGGAGCAGGGUAGCGUUGAGGAAAAGAUAGUGGCGGUCCACGAGUUCUUCUAAAAAUAAGAGUUUGUCUUCAAAUGCUAUUCGCACAGGGCGACGAAUGUUCCCUCUCCGGGAUUUACUCUAAUUUGAACUAACUGAACAACCGUAAGUACGCGGCACGAAAAUGUUGUUUCAUAUUAGUUGGGUUAUUCUGCUCACGACAGCUACAUAUUCCGCCGCGGACAACGGAAUAGCUCCACCAGAGCAUGGAUUUUGCCAGCCUAUUUCAAUACCAUUGUGCACGGACAUUGCAUAUAACCAAACGAUUAUGCCCAAUUUGGUGGGUCAUUAUAAUCAAGAAGACGCCGGACUAGAGGUUCACCAAUUCUAUCCUCUGGUAAAGGUACAGUGUUCACCAGAGUUGAAAUUCUUUUUAUGCUCUAUGUAUGCGCCUGUGUGUACUGUUCUGGAAAAAGCCAUCCCACCAUGUCGCUCUAUAUGUGAAAGGGCAAAGCUGGGCUGCGAGGCGCUCAUGAACAAGUUUGGCUUUCAAUGGCCAGAACGUCUCCGUUGCGAAAACUUUCCUGUUUUGGGAAACGGGAACAUUUGCGUUGGGCAAAACGACUCCACGACUCCAGUGCCCCCGGUUUUCGUGCCAGUGGCAGGAACAACAAAUGUUAACGUCCAUCCAGAUACGUUAACGAAAAAGUUUCGUUGUCCUUCCGUUCUCCAAGUCCCCACAUAUCUAAAUUAUAAAUUUCUAGGCGAAGUGGAUUGCGCCGCUCCAUGUGAAAACACACGGAGUGCAGGAUAUAUGUUUUUCGGUGAACAGGAGAUCAAAUUCGCACGCAUAUGGAUUUUAUUCUGGUCAGUGCUUUGCUGUGUAUCCACAUUAUUCACAGUCACCACAUACUUGGUCGACAUGCAGCGUUUCAAAUACCCAGAGAGACCUAUUAUCUUCCUAUCUGGUUGCUACUCGAUGCUGUCCAUAGCCUACAUAGUGGGCUAUUUCCUGGGGGACAAGGUGGUGUGCAAUGACAGUUUCACGCCAGAGGGCUACAAAACCAUUGUCCAAGGCACAAAAAAGGAGGGAUGUACGAUACUCUUCAUGAUGGUCUAUUUCUUCAGCAUGGCCAGCUCCAUCUGGUGGGUCAUCCUGUCUCUCACCUGGUUCCUGGCCGCGGGCAUGAAGUGGGGUCACGAGGCCAUCGAGUCCCACUCCCAGUACUUCCACCUGGCCGCCUGGGCCUUGCCGGCUGUCAAGACCAUCAGCAUCCUGGCUAUGGGACAGAUCCAGGGGGACGUCCUCAGUGGUGUGUGUUUCGUCAGCAUGAACAACCUGGACUCCAUACGUGGCUUCGUGCUGGCACCCCUCUUUGUCUACCUCCUCACGGGCACCUCCUUCCUACUGGCCGGGUUCGUGUCCCUGUUCCGCAUCCGCACCAUCAUGAAGCACGACGGCACCAAGACGGAGAAGCUGGAGCGGCUGAUGGUACGCAUCGGCGUCUUCAGCGUGCUGUACACGGUGCCCGCCACCAUUGUCAUCGCCUGCUUCUUCUACGAGCAGGCCUUCCGCCCCCACUGGGAGCGUAGCUGGGUGCGCCACAGCUGCAAGGGCCUGGCCAUCCCGUGCCCGGCGCAGGUUGGACCCCACAUGAGCCCGGACUUCACGGUGUACAUGAUCAAGUACCUGAUGACCCUCAUCGUGGGCAUUACUUCUGGGUUCUGGAUCUGGUCCGGCAAGACACUGCACUCCUGGCGCAAGUUCUACACCAGGCUGGUAAACAGCCAGCAAGGAGAGACAACAGUGUAGGAGUGUUUUUGCUAUGUGCCAGCACACCAAAUAGGAGAACCAACAUGGGUUUUAUACAAAAACGUGUGUAACCCACAGCCACUGUUGUCAAAAGGUAGAAUGGAGGUUCACCAAGAAAGUGAAUGAGCCUUUAUUGAGUUACUGGUUUUGAUGGUUCCUCGCUGUUAACAUGAAAUUGUAAAUAAUGGUUGUGUGAACCUUAUUAUUUUCUAAGUUCAUUGUUUCUUUGUCUGUCGAUGUUUGCGUUACCUUGAAUAGUGAUGCAAAAAAUACCAAUGGUUCCGUUUUGUUUACACUUUUUAGUGAAAUAAAUUAGAGUAGCACUCAGAUUGAGGAUAUACUUAACAUUUAGAACUCAAAAUUGGAAUAGACUGUACGACAAUGGUAUUAUCGCUACCUUAUCACUUGAAUUAUGCAUGAACUCUUUUCCCCACACACAAACUGUUGUACUAUACGGGAUCCUUCUUACAUUGAUUAUUUUCUUUUUUAUAUCUAUUUUUUGUAUUGUUUUGAGUUACAGUCAGUCUCUUUAAUCAUGUAAAGUCGAUGUAAGUUGUGUAUCGCAACAUUCAUGUACGGCCUAUAAUUAUUUUUAUUAAUUACUACAGUGAAGUUUUUUGUAUUUGCUGUUUUGACAGUUGAGUACCUCUGUGCCUAUUGGUAGGCAGCUGCCAAUAAAAUGCUGCUUAUUACACA